GCUUCCUCCAGCCGGACUAGCUUUGUCUCCUGCUCGCAGUGCAUGCUGGGCCUCGGGAACAGUAGCAUGGCACAGGUUCCCCCGACGUUCGAUGAUGUGGCCGUUUAUUUCUCCCAAAGUGAGUGGAAGAGUCUGAGCAGCGCUCAAAGAGAGCUCUACAAGUGUGUGAUGAAGGAGAACUAUGAGUGUAUGCUGUCUCUGGGAUAUUCCAUAGUGAAACCUGAUGUUGUGGCCCGGAUUGAAGGAGGAGAGGAGCCGUGGUGUGAUGCCAGGUCUCUAUGUGAAGGGGACGGACCGGUUGGUGUGCCAGGUGAGGAUAGAGAUGAGAAUCCAAAUAUGGGACCAGAAGCACUUAUUUCAACAGAAAACUGCUGGACGGAUAUUGCGUUACCAAAGGGUUCAUCUUGGGAGUUGGAUAUGAAUUCCUUAGCAGUGGUGCAAAUUGAAAACCUGGAGAUGGUGUUGGACUCGGAACCAGUGAAGAUGCAGAUCUCUGCUGAAAAGCCUCAUAUCUGCAGCCAUUGUGGGAAGAGCUUCAACUGCUAUGCCUCGGUCAUAAGGCAUCAAAGAAUGUACAUGGGCCAGAAGACUCACCAUUGUACACACUGCGAGAAAGGCUUCGUACAGAGGUCAGACCUGAUGAAACACCAAAGGAUUCACACUGGUGAGAAGCCAUAUCAGUGUAGAGACUGUGAUAAGAACUUCACAGAGCGAUCUGCCCUUAUCAACCACCAGAGAACACACACGGGAGAAAGACCUUACAAAUGCUUGGAUUGUCCAAAAACCUUUAAUCAGAGGUCAGCAUUAACAAAGCAUCGAAGGACACACACGGGUGAGAGACCGUAUUGCUGCUCUAUAUGCUUAAAGAGCUUCAUCCAGAACUCUGAUCUGGUGAAACAUCUGCGGACACACACUGGGGAAAAACCAUAUCAAUGUCACACAUGCAAUAAAAGAUUUACAGAAAGUUCCGCAUUGAUUAAACACAAGAGAACACACAAUUCUGACCGGACCCACAAAUGCUUGCUGUGCAGUAGAAGCUUCUCCCAGAGUUCAGACCUUAUUAAACACAUGAAGACACACAACAAUAUUAAUACUACUGUGCCUGAUGCCGAUGAAUUGUUAGGCAUCCAGUCUGACACUUUAAGCUCGUGUAAGGAAAUGAUCAAAGCUACUGUUGCUCCUUAUGUUUGUGCUGAGUGCGGGAAAACAUUUAAACAGUGGGUUUCUUUCAUCAGACAUCAACAAUCUCACUCCAAGGACAGACCGUACAGAUGUCCUGAGUGUUGCAAAACCUUCAUUCAGAAUUCUGAUUUAGUGAAACAUUUAAGAACACACACAGGGGAGAGGCCCUAUCAAUGCGAAGAAUGUGACAAGGGCUUCAUCCAGAAAUCUGACCUUGUUAAACAUUUAAGGACACACACUGGUGAGCGACCGUUCCAUUGCUUACACUGCCAAAAACGCUUUACUGAAAGGUCUGCCUUGACUAAACAUCAGAGGAUCCAUACUGGGGAAAAACCCCACAGGUGUGCAAUAUGUGAAAAAGGGUUUACUCAGAGGUCAAAUCUAAUCUUACACCAGAGGAUACAUACUGGUGAACGCCCCUAUAAGUGCGCCCACUGUGCCAGAGGGUUCAUCCAAAACUCAGACAUGGUAAAGCACCAGAGAAUUCACAGAAAACCGCAGUAUGUGGUCUCCAAACAACAUGGUGAUGUUUCAUUGCCUGGUUCUCAUCCGCAGACUUUCCACAGCCAAGAUAAAAUUACCCUCUUUACAAAGUUUGAUAAAAAUAUGGUUCUAAGAUCCAAUCCAGUGGAGCAGUUAGAGAAUAAAGUAGGAGAGAACCUAUACCAGUGUAUUUUAUGUGAAAGCAGCUUCCUUCAGAAAUCUGCUCUCCACAAACAUUGGAGAACUCAUACUGGAGACAGGCCAUACGCAUGCCAACAUUGUGAAAAAAACUUCACUGAAAUAUCGGCACUUAUUAAACACCAUAGAACUCACACUGGGGAAAGGCCUUAUAAAUGCACCGUCUGUGAAAAGGAUUUUAUUCAGAGGUCUGCUCUGACCAAGCACAUGAGAAGCCAUACUGGAGAAAAGCCUUAUUCCUGUCUUCAGUGUGGGAAGAGCUUCAUCCAGAACUCCGACCUGGUCAAGCACCAAAGAAUCCACACUGGAGAGAAACCGUAUCACUGUACGGAAUGUAACAAAAACUUUACGGAAGUCUCAUCUCUGGUGAAACAUCGGAGGACACACACUGGGGAGAGACCAUAUCCAUGUCAACAAUGCAAGAAGAGCUUCACACGGAGCUCUGACCUUGCUAAACAUAUAAUGAUACAUUCUGUAGAAAGCCCACCAAUUGCUACUGCCUUCCAUGAAAUAGUUAUUGAAGAACCUGAAAAAAUUAGACAGACUUCAGUAGAGCAGACAUCUCCAUAUCAAUGUCCAGAAUGUGACAAGAUGUUCUUGUUGAGACCUGCUCUUAUGAAACAUCUGAGGACUCAUCUGACAGAGAAACGAUAUCCGUGCAAUGAGUGUGAUAAGAGCUUCUUUCAAACCUCAGACUUGGUUAAACACCUUCGAACUCACACAGGAGAACGCCCCUAUCAUUGUGCACAAUGUGACAAGGGCUUUAUUCAGAACUCUGACCUUGUCAAGCAUCACAGAACGCACACUGGUGAGCGACCUUUCACAUGCAAUGAGUGCGACCGUGGCUUUGUCCAGAGAUCAGCCUUGACCAAGCACAUGAGAACUCACACUGGAGAAAAGCCAUACAGUUGUGAGCAAUGUGGGAAAUGCUUCAUUCAAAACUCCGACUUGGUGAAACAUCAGAGGAUCCAUACAGGAGAAAAGCCUUAUCACUGUCCAGAGUGUAACAAGAGCUUCACUGAAGGAUCAUCUCUGAUCAAGCACCGGAGAAUUCACAGUCAGGAUAGACCCUAUCCUUGUGCACAGUGUGGAAAGCGCUUCAGUCAGAGCUCCAAUCUCCUGAAACACUUUAAGAGCCACGUAGAAGAAAAGCCACAGAUUAAUUUGGGAGAGGCCCAUAGUGCUUCUUUUCUUGAAUCCGUUAUAAACAGGCCCAGCACUGGUGGUGAUUCUUCAAGUCCUGAUAAAGGAAGUAAUGUUACUCCCAUUCCAGUAAUUGGUGCUGGAGAAAAGGUGUUUAAAUGCACUGAAUGUGAGAAGAGCUUUGCAAAUAGAUCUGUACUCAAUAAACACAUGCGAAUCCACACCGGAGAGAGACCGUACAAAUGCUCCCAGUGUGUACGGAGCUUUAUCCAGAAAUCUGAUCUUGUCAAACAUUACCGUAUUCACACUGGCGAGAGACCCUAUAAUUGUAACGAUUGCGGGAGGCGCUUUGUGGAAAAGUCUGCUCUCUGUAAGCACCAGCGAACCCAUAUGAGACAGAGCCAAAGUCCCAAAACUGAGAACAUUCAAGAGCCGGACCAGCUACAGCACCAUAUUACAUACUGGGGCGAAUCAGAAGAUGACCCGCAGAGUUUGAUUCCAAAGCUACAUGUUGUUAAAGAAGGCAAUAACCCUCCAAUUAUCAGACCAUAUUAUCUGGGCAGCAGCUUCAAAAGUUUUUAUCCUUUGUUGAAAAAUAAAAGAAUGUCACCCAGAAGUCCAUCAUACAGCUGCCAGCAUUGUAGUAAGAAUUUCAUGCACAAAUCUGUUUUCAUGAAGCACCAGAAAAUGCAUGCCGAGGGAGGGAAGUCUCAUAAUUGUAGUGAGUGCGGCAAAAACUUUUGCCAAAAAUCAGCUUUGGUAAAGCACAUUCGAAAACACACUGGCGAGAAACCAUACAAGUGCACAACGUGUGGGAAAUGCUUCGUUCAGAACUCCGAUCUUGCCAAGCACAUGUGGGUUCACACUAGCGAGAAGCCAUACAAGUGUAGUAUAUGUGAAAAGCGUUUUGUUCAGCGCUCAGCUGUGGUCAAGCACUUGAGGAUCCAUACUGGUGAAAGACCGUAUAGGUGUACAGAAUGUAACCGGGGAUUUGUUCAGCGAUCUGACCUUACAAACCACCAGCGGAUCCACACUGGAGAAAAGCCUUAUUCCUGCAGUGGGUGUGGCCGUGGCUUCAGUACCCGCUCUGCUUCUCUACGACACCAGCGAGUGUGCUGUUCUGUGAGACUGAACCAAUAUGCAGAGAACGAUGGCAAUCUGCAAUCCAGUUCUUGGACGAAACCUUCUACAGACUCUGCCAUAGCUCCUACCUUAAUUGGAGAAUCCCCAAUCGUGAUGGUGAAGAUGUAACGAGAUUAUUUAUAAAGUAAACUGUCCUACGGAAUGAUGUUUUAAUGAAGUAUGGACUAUAUGGAAAAUAUUUUUGGACAGAAAAGAAAUACACCUGGACAAAAUAACAGUAUUGAAACUUAUGUUCUGGAUACACAGAGAAGGAAUAUUAUUGUGAGCUUUGGUGAAAACCAUGGAGAAUAUUUAAUAGGUUUAAAUUCUUUUCAGUGAGUUUUUCCUUGCUGCGUGAUAGUUAAUUAUUUGCCUUUAUUUACAGGGCACUGAAAGUGUUAACAGAUUAAACCCAAUACAUUUUUUUUGUUUAGGGUGCUGGGCAAUCAAAAGGAUACAAGCUAAAACAGAUAAAAUAUAUAAUCUCAUUAAGCCAAUGUGGCACGACAGUAUGUUCCCGAAAAAUACAAUAUUUAGCAGGUAAGCUCCAUUUCCCAUCUUCAAAUAGAAAUAUGGAUUAUUUUGGGGGCUAAACAUGUCAGGAUCACAUCUACCCUAGAGGCCAGAAUUUCAAAUACAACUAAACUAACCGUCCCUUAGUCCCAGUCUUUUUUUUUUU